AUGUCGACUGCCCUUCACAGGAUAAGUUCGGGCGUCUUUGCAGGACUACAAUUUUACGAUGAGGAAGAAAGAAUUUCAGAAGGACACAGUAGAAUUAGUUCUAGAGUGCCUGAUGGAGUUCAAAUUUAUAAGGAAGAGAAGACGUCUGAGUCCCAUUCUGGAGACUCUAUAGCUGCUACAGGAUUUGAUGAUGCUGCAACGAAACAGUUGAUUCGGAAGCUUGACAUACGUCUCAUUCCAAUUCUUUCUACUAUAUAUCUAGUAUGCUUUCUUGAUCGUGCCAAUGCUGGCAAUGCACGACUCGAAGGACUGGAAAAAGACCUUCACAUGACCGGCCUCGACUACAAUAUCGCGUUGUCUGUAUUUUUCCCCUUUUACGUUGCAGUUGGCGUUCCUAGCAAUAUGAUAAUCAAGAAAGUUUGUCCAAAUAUAUGGUUGACGGGAAUUGUAUUAUUUUGGUCAAUUGUUAUGGUAUGCACGGGCUUGGUGCACGACUACGCAGGCUUUCUAGUUGCCAGAUGCUUUUUGGGCAUCGCAGAAGGUGGCUUGUAUCCAGGUGUAGUUUAUUAUAUCACCAUGUGGUAUCCUCGAAAUGAAUGCGGCUUUCGCAUAGCAUUAUUUUUCUCUAUGGCAACAGCAGCAGGAGCAUUCGGUGGGUUAUUCGCCCGUGGAAUUUCCGAAAUGUCUGGAGUAGGUGGUAAAGAUGGAUGGUCAUGGAUAUUUAUCAUCGAAGGGCUUCUUACCUUUUGUGUUGGGUGCAUAUCAUACUGGGCCAUCGGGGAUUACCCAAAUAGUGCAAAAUUUCUCUCGGAAACGGAGCGAAAAGAGGUUAUGAGACGACUUACGAUUGAUCGAAACCUUCUCUCUGAUGAUUGGAAUUCAACAUACGUCUGGCAAGCUUUAAAAGAUUGGAAGAUUUAUGUCAAUAUGGUGUUAGGGUUUUGCUUGUCCACGCCUAUAUAUUCAUUGUCUUUGUUUUUACCCACAAUUGUGAAAGAUAUGGGAUAUACCAACAAUGCUGCACAGCUCAUGACCAUUCCCCCUUACGUUGUCGCAUGUUUCUUCACGGUCUCUGCCAGCUUUUUUGCCGAUAGAAUGAAACAGAGAGGCCGUUUUAUUCUAGGAUUCUUGGCUGUGGGCAUAAUUGGAUCUGCACUACUUGUAUCCAGUAAUAAGACACCUGUUCAAUAUACGGGCGCUUUCCUUGCAGCUCUUGGUGUCUUUCCAACUCUGUCCCUUCUCACCACUUGGGUAGGAAACAAUCUAAGUGGGAGUCUAAAGAGAGGAGUCGGUUUCGGUAUGGUCGUUGGCUUUGCCAACUUCGGGGGUAUCGUAGCAGCUUUUAUCUAUCGCUCUGUGGAUGGUCCUAGAUUCAUCGAAGGACAUACAAUAUUCAUCAGUCUAUUGUCUUUGGCUUUUGUUCUGACAGCUCUCAUGAUGAUCUUUUACAAAACAGAGAAUAAUCGUAGGGAUGCUAGAGAUGCAGAACAAGGCUUAACUGCGGAUACCUAUACCCCGGAAAUGAAGCUUCAACAGAAAGAUGAGGGAGAUGAUGCAACGUUUUGGAGAUACACUAUAUAA